UACUCCCAAUUUAUAUUGGUGUAAGUGAGGUCAACAUUGUGUCUUCUUAUUUUUAUUUCCUUUGGUGAGCAGUUGUGCUCACGAAACAGGGAGGAGGAGGAAGCAAUUCUAGCAUUUUUCUCCUGAGGAUGGUAUUGUCUUUUAAACGAUCCUUUUUUCUGUCUUGUCAGUCCAGAAAAAGACAAAAAGGCUAAGAACAAUGUAAAUACUGUACAACCAUGAGACCACUAAAAAAGGAACAAUGCAAUGUUUUAGUGUUUGAAAAGGACUGUCUGCAGCCUUCUGUGCUGAAGCCAAAAUUUUCAGAAACGUUCAUGUGGCACUCCAGGCUACAGAAAUAGCAGCAAACAAACAGCUGAUUUCAAAAGUCCGUCCCCAGCCAGGGCUCAGAUCCCAGCACACGACCCUCUGAAGUAUUCACCCAAGAGGACAGGAAGAAUCGUUAGUAUCUCAAAUACCACUGCAUUGUAACUGUUGGCAAAUGAUGACUUUUUAACGAAAGCCACCAUGCCUUUCUGUUCUAAACCUGUCUUCGUGUUCACAGCUGAAUGGUCGUUUCCAAUGAGUUCCCCGAACUUUGAACCACAUCGGAGAAGUGAGAUAAACAAAGCAAGUAUAAAUACCAGAGAGCAGCAGCUGCUGAGGCUGUUUACUCCUGCAAAGCGGAGUUAAGCAGAGCAGCCAACCAAAGGGGAAAACAGGGUAAGUGUGUUGUUUUGCUAUAAAAUAUCGUCGUGAUUUCUGGUUCUGCAAAGUGUUCCUUUGUUUCUUUGGUUGUAGAGAUUGAUUGGGGAGCUAGAAAGUUCCAUUUGAAACUAACUCAAAUGGCUGUUUAAAAAAAUUGAAAUAAAGAAGAAAGUGUAAUUCAGAACGAAACUUAUUUCCAGUCUGUGGGGCUUGGCAAACUGUUGUUGGGCAUUGUGUGCCAACCCUGCAGAAUGCUAAAGUCAUGGAACAAUCCUGGCAUGUUUUGUACAUGUCUACAAGAGAAUCACGUGAAAGGGAUGCAGUUCUCCAAGUCUGUGCAGAGACCUGGAAUGAAAUUCUGCCUCCACUGAAGUCAAUGGUUCCAUAAUUUCAUCCCUAAAGUAUUUUACGAGAUUGCUUCUACAGAAUUGGAGCAAUCUGGUAAAAUACUUUUAUAUAAAAUAUAAAAUUGUAUAUAAAAUACAAUUUACAGAAAGAAAAGUCAGGAAAUAUGGAGUCUGAUAAUAAGGCUGGCUUGCAGCAAUUUCGUCUGUCUGCCUGAGAUUGGUAAUACAAAACUUUCCUUGUAUUGGAAUGCGCUGGGGUUGAUGAAAACGUAUAUUAUGUAUAUGAGUUUCAUGUAUUAUGUAUGUUACAUCACAGAGCACAACGGUGCGUCUGAUCAAAUUCUGUUGUGAAUGUGGCUGUGGGAUAUCCAAUACAAUCUUGCAGCCUGUGAGGGGGAAAAGAGAAGUUUUUCAGUUUCUUUCCUAGAUAAUGCAUGGUUUCUAAACACAAAAAGCCAAAGGGUGUUAUGUUAAUGUAUCACUGGGAGAAAAAGAGGUUUUACAAUAUUUCUAUGUUUUAUGAUGAUCACAAAUAUAAGAUGCCCUGGGUGCAUGCAAGAGGUUUUGUGAGAUUUAGGGAAUCCUGAAAUUUUGGAUUUUUCAUUUCCUUUUCUUUGUUACUCAAUUGUCUCUGGUGUCUGCCUUCUUUAGAGCUUUUUCUGGCUAAGGUCCAAAUUUGAAAAAAAAAAUCUUCUAAAAAUUCUGGACUCUUUUAUUCUGCUCCCAGUUUGUAUAGUAUUUGCUAUGGGCCAACAUAUACCCCUGGGGCAACUACUUUGAAGUCAAUGGAAUUGCACCCCAGAUGAUUUGGACCAAUGAUCCAGAUCGCCAUCUGGUGUAAAUUGGCAUAGCACCAUUGACGUCAAUGCACAAAUAAGUCAAAAGCAGCAGAAUUGGAGUCAGUGCUGCAGUCAUUAAAAUUGCAGUUUGAUAAGAAGAAGAAAUAGGAGUAGGGAACAACUCAAUUUGUUUAAUUAAUAUAAAGGGUCACCCAACUGGUUGGAAUACUUAGAUUGUCCUGUUUUCAAUUAAGAAAACAUCAAGGUUAUCCAUUAGUGCUUUCCAUGGAAUCAAAGGAAUAUUGCCAAUAGCAAUAAACAUAGUGGGCCCAAUUCUGAGCUUACUUUCUGUGCGAGCCCCAGAAAGUUAAAGGCCUGCUGGUUUUGUUAUGAGAAUUUCAGCAACCGGAACUGCUCUGUGCACGUAUCUCAUUUCCUUUGUUUUCUCUCAUUUUCAGCUGAAGCCCAGCCAUGUGGGGGGGGCUGGGUCUGGCCCUGGUUCUCUGUCUCCUCCCAGGAGGAGGGACAGAGAGCCAGGGUUCAAGUGCCCAUUGUAAAGAACCACCAGAAUGGCAAAUCGAGGCACGCAGUCCAAUGCAGAAUUCUAGGGGCUCAGUCACAGUGGUAGCGCUCCUCCAAGCCAGCUGAUAUUUGUGCCUGCUGCAGGCUUCCAGAUUGGAAGACCUGAGAGUAAAGUUAGAGAAUGAAGGAUUAGUCAAUAUCUCAUACAUGGUGGUUAAUCAUCAAGGAAUCCAUUCCCAACUGAAAAUUCACACACUGAAGGAGAAGGUAUCGGAGAAUAUUAUUGUAUACCAGCAGGAUGAAAAUCAAACUGAUGUCUGGACUACCUUAAAUGGAAACAAAGAUGAUUUUCUUAUCUAUGACAGGUGUGGCCGUCUGGUGUAUCAUCUUGGUCUGCCUUAUAGCUUCCUGACUUUCCCAUAUGUGGAAGAAUCUAUUAAGAUUGCAUACUGUGAAUACAAGUGUGGAAAUUGCUCUUAUAUGACACCAGUUGUUGAAGAUAUAUGCAAAAACAUAUCUCAGACAGCAGACGAAAAGACAACUGAAGAAGCACCGAAGCCACACAACAACCAUUCACACCACCACAAUCAACAUAGACAUCAUGGACACAGGCACCACCACCAGGAAGGGGACCAGCUUUCAGAAGAUCAGACUCAACAGGAUUCUGGUCAAGCUCCAAGACAUCAUUCCCACCAGAGCAGUCAACGUUAUAAUAGGGUUGUGGGUCGUAAUAGACAGGGUCAGAAAGGUAAUCAACCAAAUGUAGAAAGUGCCCCACAAAGAGAAGUAGGGAAGGUUCCUACACAAGUUAAGAGGCCUUGAAAAAAAGGAACUGCCAGCUGAAACAAUCAGUUAACCUGUAGCUGGCAGAAAGUGUCACAGUCAAUUUCUAGUAGCUGAUGUUGACACUGCCGACACCUGUUGUUUGAAGAAUCAGGAAAUGCAGCCACCUGACACUGUCAGGAAGAACUCCCAUCUUCCUGCAGGUGACAUGGCCAGCUGUUAGCAGAGAACAUCACUGAAUCUUGACAGUGACGUCUGCCCACAGCUGCUUGACGUUCACCAGCAGCAAGUGAGCAUGAAACAUCUGACACCUGACAGUGAGACAGAAAGACAGGAAACUGAGCAUGAAAAGCAAACUAAACAUUUUAACAUCAGGAAAGAUCCCUUCAAUUUUAAUGCAUUUAAUUGUAAUACAACUUGUAAUAACAAACUUCAAACGUAUCAGAUUAAUACCCUAGACAGGAAAUGGAAAAGCGUAGAGAAGUUAAAAUAUAACACUGAAAACAAUUUGAUGUGUGUUACAAUACCAUCAGUAGAGGGUUAUUUUUCUGGGUUUUUUAAAAAGUAAAAUUACCUAAGCCAUAGUUUGUUUUUUCAGUGCUAGUUGAAGAGUGUCUACAGUGUUUGGUUAAUUUGUCUUUCUCGUUUCUCUCCUAAUAUUCUGCUUGCAUUAAUGAGGACAGAAGCAUAAACUAUAACCUAGGGGCUUCUGUUUGAUAUUUAGCAACCAAGAAUAGAAGAAAGCCAGAAAAGACAUUCUAAUAAUGUUUUACUACUUAUUUCUGAAGAACAGGAAAUAUUAAAAAGUUAAUUUUUUUCUCAAUUAAAAAAGGAGCUUUGAAAGUGAUCCAACUAUAUUGUUUUUGAUACACACGAAAAGCUUAUUCAAGAGCAACUUGCCAUAACAAUGUUUUAUUUCAGCUGUAAACUAUAUGCCAAAAAUUGCAUUGUUCAAAAGUAAUAAUUUUUGUACUCUUUGAUAGUCUUAUAGUUUAAGGACCAGAUCCUGUAUCAGGAUCCAUUAGCAAGGACCCCUGUACCUUUGUGAAGCCCUACUGAAGACAAUAGGAUUCUGCAUGGGCACAGGGGGCAGUGUUAGUAGAUCUUGAUGUGGAAUCAGGGCAUGAAACAAGGUUAUGAAUCAAAUUCAAUCCUGGUAUAAGCAAACACAACACUCACUGAAUUGCACCUAUUUAUGCCAGGGUUAAAUUUAGCCAUAUAUAGAUUAUUAAUGUAACUUACGAAUGAAACUUGUAUAAUGUCUCUCUUGGUGUAGUUAUUCUUACAAUUUGACUAUCUUAGCUGAACUGAAAACAACGUAGUGUUUAAUUUGAAGGAUCAUGGAAGAAAGAAAAGAGAAUAGAGGUGAAUGCUUUGAAAGCACAUGCCAUAGUUAAUGAUGGUUUAAUAGGGAAACUGUGUCUCCUACAAAACCUGAAUCCUUUUAUGGUGAAUGCUAAUAAGCAAGAAAGCAGUACUGAAUAUAAGGAGAAUAUAGAUGUAUGGUAUUUUUGAUAAGGGAGUUUUCAAUAAAAAAUAGAUGGCAUUCCA